AAUGCACCUCGCGCUCCUCAGAGUUCAGUACAGGACACGAGGUACCGGAGCAUCGCUCAUCUCACCGUCGCUAAUAUACUCACAUUCGUCUCUGACCCAUUUCCGCUCAAAUCACAUCGUGAAACGUGAGAGCCGAGAUGCUGAAUUAACGGGAGGUGUUUGGACUCGACGGGCAGGAUGGAUUCUGUUCGAGCGCUGGUCCUCGCCUUUCUGUCUCUCCACGCGCUCGCCGUUACCAUCACAGACAGGAAAUUCGGUUGUCUGUUUGAGGAUGAAGUGUGUGAGCCAUAUGAAAUCUGCAUCAAUGAUGGAGUGUUUGGGCGAUGUCAGCAUUAUUCAGGCACAGUUUCCUACACCUAUGAUGUGUCUCCAGAAGCUAUUCAGCGUUUGAGGAUUGUUCUCCAGAAGCUGUCCCAAAGAGGAUAUACUUGGCAGGAUGACACAACUCAGGAAGUUAUCUCAAAAGAGCUCUCUCAGCUACCCAAAGUUCCUCUUGGACGAUAUACAAACACCUUGUCUCGUUCCACUGGCAACAACAGAGUUCCUGAUGCUGAAAGGAAGCUUAAGGCUCAGAAAGAAGAACUGCAGAGGUACCUACAAGAGCUUGGUUUCCUUCCUACUGAUGUUAGCUUCUUCAAGCAGAGACCUCGAGUGCAGCAAGUCCUUUGGAAUUACAAGGGAAAUGGACCUGUAAAUCAGAAGGGUUUCAACCAGCUCAAAGAGAAGCAUCUUCCACUCCACAUCUCCUUCCUUCAAGGUCGACCUGAUCACCAGGAACGACCUCCCCCAAGUCGAUCAUCCUUCACUGGUUUUGAGCGAGAUCGUACUGGAGUCCCUCUCGCUGAGUUUGAGCAGUAUCAAGCUGAGUUCAUGAAAGCAGAAGAUCUUGGUAAAGGUCAACCAGAGAAAAUGCUGCGAUAUUUUAACCUUCAGCGCACUCCAGCUACCAAAACAGAAAAAUGGCCAGAAGCUCCCAAGCAGCCUCCCAAACCGCAAAUCGAGAAACUGUUUUUCAAAUCUGGAACAAGCAGAGCUUCUUCCAAGGAUGCCCUCAGUUCAGUAGAUGAGAAGUUCAUUGAUGGAGUGGUAAACCAACUUGGACACCAGAGCGUUAAUGUGGAUUCUUUGACCCCAAAGGACCUGGACCAACUCUCCAAAGUUAUCACCCAGGCUUUGCAGGUGGUGGACGGAGUGAAAGGGGUCAAAGGUAGAGAGGCCACACAGGAUGAAAGGCCAGAGGAUGAAGUAGAGCUGAAGAGGGAACCUAUUGAGCAGUUACAGAAAACUGAAGACACCACAGCUAAAGGAACACAAACUGAAAAAGGAACCAUUAAAUUAGAUGACAAGGAAAAAGGAUUUAUUAGCCAGCUACUGGAGUUCUUGGAUCAGAACUCUGGCCCUGAAUCUGCCAGUCCUCCCCAAGCAGAAGAGCCUUUUCUGGGUUACAUUGAUCAGCCGAAUGCUGGGAGCCCAUUGAAAGCUAGUCUGGAGAAUGUCCAUAGCCAGACAACACAAACAGAACUGGAUGUGAUGAAGAAGAAAAUGGAACUAGAUGCUUUGCAUCAAGAUCCACUGAGAGACGCAGAGGUAGACCAGUGGAUCCACAGUUCUCCAAAAGUGAAACCAGGGGUUCAACCAGACAAACAGCCACAAAAUAAUUCCAUGGAGAAAGAGGAGGUGGAAAAGAAAGGUGUGAGAGUGGAGGUGAAUGUUGCAGCUUAUUCAGGUCCACACAGUGGAGACUUUGGCUACAUUAUUACUGAAGAUUCUCUGUCCACUGAUCAGGGUCUGAACCUUGUGGAGUUCUUAGCUGAGAGAGUUAAUCUUCGUUUAACGGAUUUUCUACAGCUCUCGGUUUUGGGUCCAGCAGUAACCUUUCGAGUGCGCCCAAAUGCUCGUAACAUCAGCACGGCCCAGCUAGCCAGAGUGGCAGUUGAACAGAAAGGACAGUUGGAGAAAGAGAGCGGUCUGCGGAUUCUUGAGGCUGGACUGAGUGAUAGAGGCAAAUUGAACCAAAUCCCAGUCGUCAAACAAAGUCAAGUGGAGCCAAGCAACUUUUUGAUUCUUUUGGUGGUGUCCUUGGUUUUUAUUGUCAUGGUAUUGGGGAUGUCUGGGGCGCUGUACUGCUUACGCCAUCGCUCCCACCAUAAGCUGAAGGACAAGCUUACCAGUUUAGGAAGUGACACAGGCCACGAUGCCACAGCAGCCUAUCAGGAUCUCUGUCGCCAGCGCAUGGCGGUGCAGACAUCAGAGCGCGGAGAGCGAUUAGAUCAGGUGUUCCACCCCUCGCACACGUCACGCAUUAACAGUGUGUCGUCACAGUUCAGUGAUGGACCAAUGCAGAGUCCCUCCACUCGCAGCAGCACAUCUUCCUGGAGUGAAGAGCCUACACAAACCAACAUGGACAUCUCCACAGGACAUAUGAUACUGUCAUACAUGGAGGAUCACCUGCAGAAAAGAGACCGUUUGGAUAAGGAGUGGGAGGCUCUCUGUAGUUACCAGGCUGAGCCAGCAGCAUGCGCAGUGGGUCAGGAGGAACAAAACGUCCAGCGCAACCGCCCACAGGGUGUCCUUGUGUAUGAUCACUCCAGAGUCAUUCUGAAGCCGGAGAAUAACCAGUCCAGAUCUGAUUACAUUAACGCCAGUCCCAUUAUGGACCAUGACCCCCGAAAUCCAGCCUAUAUCUGCGCUCAAGGUACUCUUCACUCCACUGUGGCAGAUUUCUGGCAGAUGGUUUGGGAGAGUGGCUGUGUGGUGAUUGUCAUGCUAACCCCUCUUGCUGAAAAUGGCAUAAAGCAGUGUCAACAGUAUUGGCCAGAUGAAGGCUCUGACCUUUAUCAUAUAUACGAGGUAAAUCUGGUCUCUGAGCAUAUCUGGUGUGACGAUUUCCUGGUACGCAGUUUCUACCUAAAGAACGUCCAGACUAAUGAGACUCGCACAGUUACUCAGUUCCACUUCUUGUCCUGGAUGGACCAGAAUGUUCCAGAGUCUGCUAGAACCUUGCUGGACUUCCGCAGAAAGAUUAACAAGUGCUACCGGGGCAGGUCUUGUCCAAUAAUUGUUCAUUGCAGCGAUGGUGCCGGAAGGAGUGGAACCUACAUUCUGAUUGAUAUGGUUCUAAAUAAAAUGGCCAAAGGUGCUAAGGAGAUUGAUAUUGCUGCUACCCUGGAGCAUUUGAGGGAUCAGAGGUCAGGCAUGGUUCAGACUAAGGAACAGUUUGAAUUUGCGUUGACUGCUGUGGCAGAAGAGGUGAAUGCCAUCCUCAAAGCUCUGCCUCAGUGAAGGACAACUUUCACAAACACUUCCAACCUGUCUUCUUCAUCCCUUUUAGUGCAAAGUUAUUGAUACCUUAAUCAUUAUGGAUAAUUAUGAAAUAAUAAAAAAAAUCGAUAUAUAUUUCCAUCUCUAUCCAAAUUCUGAUGCAAUGUAUUACAUAAGACAUUUAUUUGUCUUAAGUGUGUAAGAUUAUUUAGCCUCAUUGAUUAGAAUAAUAUUCAACUGGUCAACUAGGCAUGCAAUCAUAGAGUAUAUUUGUAACUCAGAUUGGUGUUUACAUACCCAUUAGGUGUGCAUAUAAAAUAUCUGAAAUAUAUGUUUAUGUGAAGCAGAUGUGAUCUUAACCGGUGUUGUUUUACACUGUAUUAGUCCACUGCAAUUAUGUUAGCAUCCAGUAAGUUGAUGUGACUACACUUAAGUUAUGGAUGGUGAUGAGUAAUAUUAAUGCGAUGAUGAGAAUACUAUAGUACAUUUCUAACAAUUGUGGUAUCCUUGAAAUCAUCUUUCUAUUGUUAUAUAUUGUGUUUCUAGAUCAACUUAUAAUCAGAUCGUAUUACAUAUAGAUGAAUUUAUUAUAUAUACAGAAUGAACCCGGUGAUUUAAAAUGGUCUGCCAAAAUGUAAUUGUACAUAUUAUUUUUGUGUGAAUGAUAUAAAAGUAACAUAAUAAAUCUCAAAGUGU